AUGGAUGCUAGACCCCAUACACCUCGGAAGAAGCGGAAGGGGCAAAGGCCCCAAACCAGCAAGAGCUCGGAGUUGCCAACCCUAAGGGCGCAGCGUGACAAGUCGCCGCCACCCCAUCCUAAGAGGAGAAAGGUUGAACCUUCAUCCAACUCCAAGUCGCAACCUGGUUUCCUUGAGAAGAUGAGAAUGAGGUUAUCAGGAGGCCAUUUCAGAAUGUUAAAUGAGAAAUUAUACACUUGCAAUGGUACCGAGGCAUUCAACUUAUUCAAGGAUGAUCCGCAACUAUUUAAUGUGUAUCAUGCAGGAUACCAAGAGCAAAUGUUGCAUUGGCCACAACAACCAGUUAACACGAUCAUUAAAUGGCUAAAGAGUCAUAGUUCUUCUUUGACAGUUGCUGAUUUUGGUUGUGGGAAUGCAACACUAGCAAGAAAUGUGAAGAAUAAGGUCUUCUCCAUUGACCUUGUUUCCAAUGACCCAUCAGUAAUUGCCUGUGAUAUGGCUCACGCUAUGUUUACUUGGAGAGAGGGAGAUUGAAGAGAAAGGAGAGGCGAAAAGGAGGGAGAGGAGGAGAAAUAAGGGAUAAAACCUUGAUUAUUCGGAUGAGGAAUAGGGAAGAGGUAAUGAAAUUUUCAAUCUAUACUAUUGUC